UGACUGCAUGCCCAAAAGGCGUCUGGAAUUCCAUCCCGUGUCUGCUUACGACGAGGAGACUUUUUUUUUUCCCCCCUUCCUCCGGGCCAUCACGCUUACACCCGACCGACCUCUCUCCGGUAGGGGGGGUGUUUCUAUGUUUUGAGAAUACAACCCUGCUCGUUCCUUCUCACCAGUGUCCCCGGGGGCGCCAUUGAGUGCUUUGCUGUCAGCAACAUGGGAGGAUUCUACAUGCAGUAUCUCGAGAGCCUCUGCCGGCGUCGCGGGUGGCGAGACCCUUCGUACGAGUGUUACAGAGACCCCAGUGGCUACACAUGUCUUGUCCUGGUAAACGGGCGCGAGUACCAGACGGACCUGGCCUACGAAUCGGACCACCUAGCCCAGGAGAACGCAGCCAUGAGGGCCUUCAUGGUAUGCCGGAACUUCUCCGUCAAUGGAGGAAUGCUCGCGCGCAACGGCAUCGUUCAGGGCCUCCCGGCCAAUGAGUCGACCCGGCGCAAGAAAUCCCGCCACGCCUCGUCUGGCCACGGCCACGGCCAGAAGGAGAGCCGCCACAGGUCCGGCCAUCACUCGAGCAGCAGCUCGACCGCAUCCUUCGAGUGAGGGACGGCGGAGAGAGAGAGAGUGACGAGAACGUAAUUCGAUUGCCACCCCGAUGGAUCGCUCCAGGACAUUGAAAAAAAAAAACCCAGGAAAAAAGGAAACAAUAACAACUACGACGACGACGAAGAUGACGACGACACGGACACCGGCUAAUUCCAGCCAAUGAAUACAAACGAGAACGCAAAGGUGUCGAAAGAUCGAGAUAUAUAUUACUUAUAUACAUACACGUGGUGAAGCUUCGCAGCUUAUCCCCCUGGCAUAUUCCGCGGAAUACCCCGUUCAGCAUGUCCCGAUGAGAGAAGGAGAGAGACAAAAGUUUGCAUACAUCGACGAUUUUACGACUUUGACGAAAGAACUUAACGAACUUAUGAAAUAACCUAAUAUCCGCAACCUUCUGUCAUCAUCCCGGGAAGAGGCCGCCUUCAUCCCGACGCGUUUUUCAUUUCCGUGCCCCAUUUCCUUCUUUUCCUUUCCGUACCGCUCACGUUUCCGUCUUUUUCCCUUUUUUUUUUUCCCCUGAACGAAAUGAUUUUGGUGAACCCCAUUUCUCGGCCCGCGGGGAUUACAG